ACAUUGACUUGCCGUUGCGUUGCCGAUGGUCUGGAAUAGGAAGUGGGAAGCGAAAAUCAAAAAUAUACUAAAUUAUUUCCUACAGUUCCUUCAAGCAAGCAACUGCUCAUUCCGCGGUUGGAAAUAAAGAAAACUGCUGUUGGUGUGUCGAGUUUUAACGGUGGCUUGGUUGAGUUAUUUAUUGUAAAAUUAAAUUAAAUUCAAUCGUGGAUCUUAUUUCAACCGCUAGCUUCAAAUAUCAAAUAAGUUUACAAAUACUGAUAGGAUAGAAGACAAUUCAACUGAUCCGCUGUCGAUUUAGAUUAGUUGCGGAACACGUUGCACUCAACGGUCAGUACAACGAACCGAAGAUGCAGUGCAAAACGGAUCGACAGGCUGCAAUGAGAAUAGCUACAUUGUUGAGUUUGUUUGCCGGAACAUUAGCAGCUCAACUGAAAAUGUGUUCCUUCAACGAACUUUGCGUUCCAAUUCAGAACUGUUCUCUUUACAAACCAUACGCCUCAGGAACAAAUUAUCGUGAUUGGCCAAAAGAGCUGCAGAAGAAAGCAACCAGCAAUCUUUGCAAUAACGAAAAAAUCAACAAUACACCGGUACUCAGUGUUUGCUGCCCAACGCCGCUUAACUCUAAACAAUGUGGCUUGCAAUCAUCGAAUAAAAUAUCGAAAGGAAAAAUUGCACAGGUUUACGAAUAUCCAUGGAUGGUGCUGCUGGAAGAUUCCAAAAAUGAUUUUGUUUGUGGAGGAACGUUAAUCAGCCAACGAUACGUGCUGACGGCCGCUCACUGUCUCAAAUCCGCGAAAAUCAUUUCUGUACGAGUAGGCGAGCUGGAUCUGACCUCUCCAAUCGACUGCCUUAUUAUCGAGGAAGAGAUGGAAUGUGCACCUCCACCGCAGGACAUCAAAGUCGUAAAUAUCACGCGCCACCCGCUGCACAGUGAACGGGGAAAAAAGAACGACAUCGCAUUGCUUCGGUUGGAACGUCCGGUUGAAUUUUCAAACAGUGUGAAACCGAUUUGCCUUCCGAACGGUACUCCGGAAGAUCGGAUGAUCAAUCCGGCAUUUUUCAUCGUUUCCGGUUGGGGCUUAACGGAAAAUGGAACCUCCUUCGAUGUGUUGCGCUACGCUCGUGUUCCGCCCGUUUCACUGGACACCUGUGCCACCAGUGUACGACAGCUGAGUGUAGCUCUGCGAUUGGAUCAAAGUCAAAUUUGUGCCGGAGGCGUCGAUGCAGUGGACAACUGUGCCGGAGAUUCCGGCGGACCACUGCAGUACGUUUCCAAUCGCACGACGCGUUUCUACCAGCUGGGUGUGGUUUCCUACGGACUCAGAAGCUGCGGCAUACAAAGCCAACCCGGAGUGUACACCAAUGUGCUGUAUUAUUUGAACUGGAUUAUGGAAAAUGUCGAUGAGUAACGUGUUGGGUUAAGUUUGCUAUUCGAUUUCGGUAUGAAAAUUGAUGACAGCAAACCAAAAAUGUGCGAACAUUAAGGAUUUCAUUGAAGCAAGAACUGUUCAAAAUUAUAAUGCAUUACACGCUUAUAAUUUACGCUUUUUCUCCUCUAUUAGCGUAUUAAGAUAAACUAAAGGUAAAUUAAAUCAUUUCAUAACUACAAAUUUACAAACAGAACGACAGAAAAGUUCACUAAAGAGAUACACUUGACUUAUCCAACAUAGUCUUUAGGUGCAAGCAAAAAAUGUGCUCCUUGUCAUAAGCUAUCAACUAGAUUUUUCGCGCGGCAGCACGCGGUUAAGAUAGGUAAAUAGAUUUCCGAGCAGUCAAGAGAACUAUUAAGUAUUGAUAACCAUCAUAAAAAAUAAAAACCUAUAAUCAGUUCUAGUGCCAAAUAAUACAACCUUUUGACUCUAGGUUUGAUGAUUUAUUGGCUAAAGUUACAAUUAAAAAUCAUCCUGAACAUUCCGCGAUAAGGAUAUAUUUUAGAUAAAAUUUAUUCAUAGGAGUCUUGUUGAAAGCAACGCCGUAUUCAGCAUUUUUGGCUCGAGCAGCACGUUCCUCACAAUCGUGUGGAGGAUUUGUGCCUUCCGUAUUGAGUGUCCCUAGAAUACGUUUAGAAUAUAUUAAUCUCAAAUAGUAGUAAUUU